AUGGCGGAGAAAACAACCCUCGAGCAUAGUUUAUUGCGUAAUGUCAACGCUGGUCGACGUUUAGAAAAAGCACAAGAAACAAAUGUUCAGACUGCUAAAAGUGAAGUAAAAAUAGCAAUUAAAGACAAAACAGUAACUUUAAUAAAAAGAAAAAAAAGAUAUCAACAAGAAGUUCAAAAGCUUGAAAUAAUCUCAAAAUUUACUGAUGAAGAAUCUGAACGUCUAUAUCAAUUAAGAUGCGAAAAGAGUGCUGACUUGACUGAUGAUAAUAACGAUGGCGAUGAUGAUGGUGAUGAUGAAGACAGCAGCGAAUACACUGACGACGAACAAGAAAAAACAAAAGAACAAUUUAUUACAACACAUAAAUCAAAUAUAAAAGAAUAUGAUGAGCAUCAUUAUCAUGAUGCACAAAAAUUUCUUGAAGAUCAUGUCGAAUUAGUUUCUGAAGAAACAGUUAAUUACAUGGUCGGAUGGUGUAUUCAUGAAGAAAUGCACGAAUAUUUUUUUUUCAUGGAACAUCUUGCUCAACAAGUAAUGUUUAUCAAAUCUAUUAUUAGAAUAAUUCAAAGUUCAAAAAGUGAUCCAAUUCAAUGCGUUCAAACAUUUUUUGAACGAAUGGCAAAUGAUAAACAAUAUGAACAUGAGUUUUUGCAUGAACUUAGUGCAUUUAAAGAAUGCAUUGAACAACAUGCACGACAAAAUAAUGAUGAUCUUACUUUAAAAAACGAGAAGGAAAAACAACAAAAACGUUUAGAUCCAGAUGAUUCAGGUCUAAUUGAAGUCAUGAAAUCAUCAUCAACGGAAUUACAAAAGGGUUCUGAAUCACGUGAUGAUUUUUUGCAAUUAACGGGAGUUUUAUCGAACGUUUCUCAAGAAAAAGCUACUAAUUUUCUUGGUCAUUCCAUGGAAUCAACUUUAUGGGAACCAAAUGUAGAAGGUGCAAAAGGUGAUGAUGAAGAAUAG